CUUUGAAGCUAAUUAAUUUGGCAAAUUUGUUGAUCUUGAAACUGUUUUGACUAUUAAUCAUUUCAUCCUGGGAUUGAGUCAAAUUUAAAAUGGAAUUACAAUUGCCCCAACAGCUGGAAUAUUCACUAAGCCAGCAAUAUGAUAUUCUUACUGAAUAUGCAAGUCCACGCAAUGCGGAAGUUGCAAAACAAACAGAAAGAAAUGAUGAGAGUUUUUGUAACAAACCAAUUCACAAUUGCACUCAGCGAAAAAGAAAAAUAUAUCCUAGUCCAGUAUGGCGCAGAGAUUCAACUAACCGUUUGCAGCGCAAACCACUUCGAAAGAGCACUUCUUUUGAAUCAUCUUUGGACGAAAUUCGAGACUAUGAUUUGAACGAAAGUGCCGUAAUGGAUUCAUUAUUUAACUCAACUCAUAUAAAUUCUCCCCAGUGGCAGAGAGUAGAGUAUGAAUGUACAACGCAGUUAAGGAAAGGUUUAAUGCCUGUACAAAAUCGUAAAAUUUUUAAUUCGACUAUGAAGAACGGCUAUCCUCAUAAGUCUAUGGCUGAAACUAAUGCAAAUCCAGAAAUUUUGUUAAAUAUGGACCAAUACACCUCACCGGUCAUACAUCGGCGCAAUCACUCAGGAAAACUUAAGAUUUCCAACAGUUGGAUAGAAUGGACACCGUUUUGGAAUAGAGAUGAAUACAGCAAACGUUUAGAUCGUCGUCAUUAUAUUUCGGAUUUUUUUGACUUCUCAAUGGAUCCUAAUGAUUAUUAAUUAAUCUUCCUAAGUUGGAAAUUUUAUUAAGAGCUGCGCUCAAUAUUCUGUUUUAUCAUUUUAUAAAAAUUUCCAUUUUAAGACUUGUACUUGCAUACUACAUAUUUAAAUUUUAUGAUUUUAACAAUAAAUUUUUUAGGUAUAACACCUUGAUUUUAACAA